AUGGAUAAUACCUGGGACAUGGCAUCCAGUGCGCCAACAUCAGUCAUGUCCGAACGGACCAAAUCCCGAAUCAAGAGUUUUCUGUUUCUCAUUCCGUCUACGAAACAAAUUGAGUACGUCUUAAGUUUCCACUGCCAAAGAGGAUCAGCUUCGGCUGUGAAAGCCAUCUCAUCCCAUGUAACAACUCCUAACAAACCCCUCAAGCACUGCCAACUCUUCCAUCCUUUGAUUCACGCCAUAAAGGGUGGCACCUCGAGGCACAACAAAUGCGUUCGGGAGCUUCUGGUAGGAAGAGUCAACCCGAACCACCGGUCAAAGAAAAGCGGUUUGACACCACUUCAAAUCGCACUCGACCGCCCAAACUUCAAGGGCUACGCCAACCUCAUCUGGUUGCUUUUCACCAGCGAGCCCCGCAAACUUGAUCCCAACGGGACAGACCUUCGAGGUGAGGUCCCUCUGUUCAGAUUUUUCCUGGGCGCAGAUGAGGAACCACUGGAGGCUCAUAAGCGGGGUGGUUUGAUCAUGCUUCUGAAAGCUGGCGCUGACCCCAACCGCCAACAACCCGGUACUGGUAAUUCACUCCUUCAUCUUGCCGUCAGAAGAAAGGAUGCUGUCGUUACGGCGAUCCUCCUUCAUGUUGGCGUUGAUGUCAACGCCAUGAACCUUUCUGGCACCUCACCGCUUCAAAUCACGGCCGCCCAGUUCCACCAGCCACAAGGUGGUGAAGAGGUCCUCGAUCAUCUGCUCAAGAACGGGGCAAAGGUUGAUCAACCGGCCGGAGCACUGCGGCGAACAACGCUGCACUGGGCGGUAAGAGCUGGGAAUACGACGGCCAUCCGCAGGUUGCUGGAUGGAGGGGCGAAUGUGACUACUAAGGAUAAGGAGCAGAGGGAUGCGAUUGCUUUGGCGGUUAAACACACCAACAAAGUCUUUGUUUCAAAAACUGUGCUCGGAGUUGGUGAUCACAGACUCGGAGAGGCAGUCACAGAGGUCGAGGCGGGUGAUCACAUUGAGAUUAUGCAAGGUUUGAUGGGCAAGGCACCAGAUGAUUACCACAUCAAAGGAUUUUUGCAUCAAGGGACAUACGCUAUUUAG